AUGUGGGAUUUUGUGAAAGGAUGCCCUGAUGCAGAGAAUACAGAGACGAAGAUUGGGCAUCUUCGGACACUGUUCACCUCGUUGGAACAGCAUCUACUGCACUCGCAGGACCUAUUUUCUCUGUCAGAUCUUAUACGGGUUCACAAUAAGGACAUGAGCUCACAUCUUGAACCGAUAGCCCACCUUGCUAGAUGUCAUAUCGAGGCUUGUGAGCACUGCCGCCAGUUCGCUGCCACCUGUGUCUACUGUGAAGACGAUAAAGAGCUGCUGUUUCCAUUUCAAAUGGAAAAAGUCCAUAAGUGUGCUUCUUGUGCUUCACUUUCGCACAUCAAGUGCCAGACGAAGUUCAGACGAAAAGUGGCAUGUCAAAGUGGUUGUAAGAGGUGCCUAAAGGUAGAUAAAGACAGGCAGCCCGUGCUAGUUUAG